UGUAGAUAAGUCACCCAUCUGUCAACUCCCCGAUAUUUAUCUGACAGCCCUCUUCUUUUCUGCCCCGGCUCCCAAGUCAAGGUCAACGUCAAGUCCAGAUGGACCGUCGUAUAACCCGAUAAGAUGCAACUCAUUAGCUCUUUCUCGGCUCUUCUUUUCUCUGCUGUACUCGCCCUCGCCUCAUCCGAUUACCACGAGCAGCUGGUCUUGAAGCCCCUGCCCCAGAACUCCCUGCUCGCCAGCUUCAAUUUCAAGUCCAACACCACCGUCGCCCAAUUCGAGGCCCACAACUUUCGCUAUUUCCCACGCUCGCUAGGGCAGAUUCUACAGCAUGCCGGCACGAGAGAGCUACACCUGAGAUUCAGCUUGGGACGGUGGGAUGCAGAGACGUGGGGAGCACGGCCCUGGGACGGCACCAAGGAGGGAGGCACCGGCGUCGAGCUCUGGGCCUGGUUGGAGGCCGAGACUCACGACGAGGCCGAUCACAAGUGGUUGACGUUGACCAACGCGCUCUCCGGUCUGUUCUGCGCCUCCCUCAACUUCAUCGACUCCACGAGGACCACACGACCCCUCAUGUCCUUCCGCCCCGACGGAGACCAUCCAAAUGCCACCCUGGCCAACACCCACCUGCUCCACGGUGUCUUGCCCAGAGAAGUUGUCUGCACCGAGAACCUGACCCCUUUCCUCAAGCUCCUGCCUUGUAAGGGCAAGGCCGGCAUCUCUACUCUGCUCGAUGGUCACAAACUCUUUGAUGCCUCCUGGCAGAGCAUGGCCAUCGAUGUCCGACCUGUUUGUCCUGCUGGUGGAGAGUGUGUAUUGGAGAUUGAGCAGACCAUUGACAUGGUUUUCGACAUUCAGAGAGCUAAACGACCCAAGGGCAAUCCUAUCCCCCGGCCCCCACCCGGCCAUGAACUCAAGUGCAACACCACCAAGGAGUACCACAGCGGUGAUACUUGUUUUCCCAUAGAGACGCUUUCGCCCCAGGAUUGGACCCUCUCCGAGCUUUUUGGCAGAUCCAUGAAAGGCUCCUGUCCCUUGGCAGAUUCCACAAUCCCCCCCAUCUGCAUCCAAGCCCCUCACAGUCGAGAUGUCUUCACUUCCGCUGGAGUCACCGAGUUGAAGCUCAAAGACACUGAAAGAUGUUUCCUGGUUCACCCCGAGGAUGACUUCGACAUGGUACUCCCACAAAUGUCCCACGAGGGCGACAACGCCAAGACCGAUGCGGACGAAUAUCUCAAACCCGAUCGCCCAUUAUUAUAUGCCGAGAGAAGCUUCAUGGGUCAUGGCCAGCAGCGGGGCGGUGUUCAGACCAUUCUCACAAACCCUAGCCCUGACACCGAGGUUGAGUUCGUGUACAUGGAGAGUCUACCAUGGUUCAUGCGCAUCUAUCUACACACUUUACAAGCUCGCAUCUCUCACAAGACCGGUUCAGACAAGGGGAAAGCAUUGGUACAGGAGAACGACGUCAUCCAGGAGAUCUACUAUCGGCCUUUCUUGGACCGUGAGAGAGGUACUCAGCUUGAGCUCCGGAUGCGCAUCCCACCAGCCAGUACCGUGUUUAUGACCUACGACUUUGAGCAGGCCAUUCUACGAUACACCGAGUACCCGCCAGAUGCCAAUAGAGGAUUCGAUGUCGCUGCCGCCAUCAUUACCAUCAUCCCGCCUUUUGGCAAGACGAGUAACUUGAGGACCACAAGCUUGUUGCUCAACUUACCCACACCCGAUUUCUCCAUGCCAUACAACGUCAUCAUCUUCACCAGCACGUGUAUCGCUCUGGCUUUUGGAGGCCUGUACAAUAUUCUCGUGAGGAGAUUCAUAGGUGGAGAUGAGGGCCCCGAAGUUACUCUCGUCAAGCUAAGGAGGAAAAUUCAGGAGGCCGUUGGAAGAUUCAAGUCAAAGCUGAAGAAGACAGAAACCAAGGGUGCCCUGGCGCCUCUAGCGCAGGAAAAGGCCGAAGGCAAGGUAGACUAAAUAACCUUAUACCAACUUGA